AUGAUCAAUGAAACAAUCACAGCUGCACUGCUUCUUUUUGCGAGUUUUCAAUUUGUACUGAUAUUUGGAGAAAUUUCGUCGACGGACACUGCGCAGUUCGACUUCGCUGUUGAUUUGAUAAAAGAAAUAGCACAGAACGAUGAAUCAACGAUUUCAUCCCCUGCUUCAAUAUCAACCGCACUCUUUAUGCUUUAUCUCGCAGCUGAUGGUGAAACCAAGCAAAAAUUGUCGGAAAUUCUUGGAAGAAAUGCAAGGAAAACACAAAUUCAGGAAUAUUAUGGUAAAUUAUUGGCAAGUAGCGAUGGUACAAAGAGUAAAAGUUAUAUGCUAAAUAUAGCAAAUCGUUUAUAUGUACCAAAAGAAUUUUCAAUAAAGCCGAGCAUUCCCCAUAUAUUUCAAUUUUAUUUUGGCGAAACGUUACAUAGAUUCAAUGAUGGACGAAGUGGUCAACUUAUUAAGGGAAUUAAUAGAUGGGCUUCGAAAAACACUAACAAUAAGAUUACGGAAUUGGUAGAAAGGACCACAGUUAAUUCAGAAACCAAAAUGCUACUGCUGAACACAAUUUACUUUAAGGGUGUUUGGAAGAAACAGUUUUCCACUGAUUCUCAAAAGAAGUCGAAUGGGAUGCCAAUGAUGCAAUUAAAUGCAGUACUGAAGUAUUACGAAGACAAAUUUGUGCAAGUAGUCAAGCUUCCUUAUGUCGGGGAUAAAGUAGAAAUGGUAAUCAUAUUGCCAAAAGCUCGUUCUGGAUUAUAUAAGGUUCGCGAAGAGAUGACAGGAAGGGAUUUAAGACGGUACAUUGAAAAUGCUGUGCCAACUAAAGUAGAGUUACAAUUACCAAAGUUUGGGUUGAAACAAGAAUUAGAUUUGGCAAAUAUUUUGAAAAAGCUUGGCAUGACAAAUAUUAUCAGCAAAAAAGCCAACUUCAAAGCACUUACCGACAGUCCAAUUUCCGUUGGCAAUAUUAUACAUGGAGCUUCAUUUGAGAUAAAUGGAAAAGGGAUGGAAACAACAAUGGAAAUCGGAUUUGGUUCUCCUGGAUUCGUAUUUCGAAAGAAUAUAAUUUUCAGUGCUGAUCAACCAUUCUUGUUUUUUGUUGUUAAUAAGUCUCAAGAUGUUCUGUUUGCUGGCCAAUGUUGUAAGAAAACAAAAAAAAAUUUGAGAAAAAGUUAA